AUGUGGAAAGAAUGCAUGAGACUUGAGGACCAUGUCAAAGUCGUGGCAGUCGACGCUGAGACUGCCAAAGGCUUCGAUCCCCUGCAAGAGCACUACCUCCGGAGAUGCACCGAUGCACUCUAUGAGUGGCAGGCAGCGAACCGACCUGCAGACAAGCAGUUCAUCCUCCACGAUGGCCCUCCCUACGCCAAUGGCUCGCUCCACGUCGGCCACGCCCUGAACAAGAUCCUCAAGGACACCAUCCUCCGAGUCAAGGUGCAACAGGGCCACAGGGUCAAAUACGUGCCGGGCUGGGACUGCCAUGGCCUGCCCAUAGAGCUCAAGGCCCUCGAGGCCCUGGGCGUCAAGAACAUGGCGCCCGUCGACGUGCGCACCGCGGCCAGGGAGCUCGCCACGAACACAGUCCUCUCGCAGAUGCGCGAGUUCCGGUCCUAUGCCGUAAUGUCCGACUGGGAAGGGCGCUGGACGACGAUGGACCCGGACUUCGAGAUCCGGCAGCUUGAGCUGUUCCUCAGCAUGGUCCGACGGGGCUUGAUAUACCGGAGGUACAAGCCCGUCUACUGGUCCCCGUCCUCGGGCACUGCUCUUGCCGAGGCGGAGCUCGAGUACAAGGAUAAUCACAACUCUAAUGCUGCCUACGUGACCUUCCCGGUCACCUCCUCGGCGGAUGGCGACGCUGCACUUCGAAAACUCCUCGGCAACGACUUUUCCGGCCAGCUGUAUGCUGUCAUCUGGACCACCACACCCUGGACGUUGCCUGCGAACAAGGCGAUCGCUGUACACGACGAGCUUGACUACAUAAUUAUAAGACACGGGAAGGAUGCUCUCAUCGUAGGCCAGGGGUGUCUUCAGCAAGUCCUGAAGACUUGCUUCGAUUGCACCGAACUGGAUGAAAACGACGUGAUCGCCUCAUGCAAAGGGUCCGACCUGCGUCGCUUCACGUACCGGCACCCACUUCACGGGGAUCAUGUCGCGCAGCAGCCCAUCAUCCACGCAGACUUUGUCUCGGCCGAGUCUGGUUCCGGCUUGGUCCAUAUCGCCCCUGGCCAUGGCCACGACGACUACGAGGUCUGCAGGUCCCUGGGCCUCGAGGUCUCUGCGCCUGUUGACAACGGCGGACACUUCACAGCGGAGGCUUAUCCCCAAGAUUCUCAGCGUUUACAGGGCCUUUUCGUCCAGGGCAAAGGGAAUGCAACUGUGCUGGAAAUACUGGGACCUCAUGUCUUGCACGUUCACAAGUACCAGCACAAAUAUCCUUACGACUGGCGCACCAAGCGGCCAAUCAUCGUCAGAGCAACGGCGCAGUGGUUUGCCGAUGUCGCAGGUAUCAAAGACGAGGCUCUCCGAGCCCUGGAGGACGUCCAAUUCAUCCCCAGUGGUGGAAAGACCAGGCUGGAAAGCUUUGUAAAAGGGCGAAGUGAAUGGUGUAUCUCGAGGCAGCGUGCAUGGGGAGUUCCUAUCCCUGCGCUGUAUGACAAGAACGGCGACGCUGUCAUGACAGAAGAGAGUGUGCAGCACAUCAAUUCCGUCAUACGUGAAAGAGGCACCGACGCGUGGUGGUCUGACAGGCCUGACGACCCGGCUUGGAUAGUGCCGUCGUUGAGGGGGCAAGGGGAGUACCGACGAGGAACAGAUACCAUGGACGUCUGGUUCGAUAGUGGCAGUAGUUGGACUCACGAGGGCGAUGUCCAAGCGGACGUCUAUCUCGAGGGCUCUGAUCAACACCGUGGAUGGUUCCAGUCCAGCUUGUUGACGAGAAUCGCCGCUGCCGCCGCGGGCGACUCCGACAGCGGCAGCCUGAUCAAACAGACUGUCGGCCUUGCCCCAUUCAAACGCCUUAUCACGCAUGGUUUCACCCUGGACAAGGACGGCAAAAAAAUGUCCAAGUCAUUGGGCAAUAUCAUCAGUCCCAACCAGGUAAUGGACGGAACCCUGCUGCCUCCGGUCAAGAAGAGAAAAGAUAAGAGCGCACCGAAAGACACGACGAGCAAAGCUCCUGCAGGACCACACUAUGAUGCUCUCGGGCCAGAUGCCCUCCGCCUUUGGGCGGCCAGCAGCGACUAUACCCGCGAUGUGGUGAUUGGGGAGUCAGUCUUGAAGUCAAUACACAUUUCCCUGAUCAAGUACCGGACAAUCACCAAGAUGCUGCUCGGGUCAAUGACAGAAAAUGCUCGGACCGCACCGCUCACGACCACCGAUCAUAUUGCCAUCAUCCAGCUUCGAGAUACGAUGGAGGAAGUCGGCAGGGCCUACGACAACUUUGAGUUCUACAAGGGAUUCAGCCUGCUGAACAGGUGGGUCAACAACGACCUUUCCGCCUUCUACCUCGAGGCCCUGAAGGACCGGCUGUACUGCGGCGAUGGGGGUGGCGUGCUGGAGCCUAUAUUCUGGGGUUUCAUGCGCAUGCUGGCGCCCAUCACGCCGAUGCUAGUUGAAGAGGCCUGGGAUCACGCGCCGGAAUGGCUAAAGAAGGACAGCACCCACCCCCUGCAGCAGCUCUACGCGUCCCCGGUCAUCGACGAGGCGCGGCUGCCGGGAGGAGGGGAGCAGAGGCUGCGCGAGGUCAUGCCCGUGCUCUUCGCCGUCAACGCGGGCAUCAAGUCCGCCACCGAGGUGGCCCGCAGGGACAAGAAGGUGGGCUCGUCGCUCCAGUGCUCGGUCGUGCUGCAGAUCCCGGAUCGGGCCAUUGCAGACGCCCUUUCGCGCUUCGACGAGCUCGAGAACUCCCUCGUGGUCUCACAUGUGGGCACCAACGAGCCCGUCCCCGAGACUGCGGAAUGGAAGUACUCGGUUGACUUCCAGAUUCCGAGCGGGAGGGACAUCGCGGUUCCUUCAAACUGCGAGGGUGGCGACGUCCAGGCUGAGGGCUCGCCUAGUGGUGUGACCUGUACUGCGUGGGUGCUGCCUCCGAGGGCGCACAAGUGUCCUCGGUGCUGGCGCUAUGUUGCUCCUCAGGAAGACCAGCUCUGCGGGAGGUGUGAGGAUGUCGUUGAGCAGGGCGACAUUGACUAA